AUGUUCGGAGCAGAGGAUCUUGUGCUGUUAAAACAAACACGCGAUCAGGUUAAACAGAUGCUCAUGGCGGGUGGUUUCAAACCACAUAAAUGGGCAAGCAAUGAUCCUCGACUAAUGGAUGAUAUCCCUGAGGCGGAACAAGCACUGCGCGUAAACAAAACUUUUGACUGUACGACUAGUUUAAAAAUUCUUGGCAUCUCGUGGAAUCCCUGUGAAGACGAAUUUAGAGUGCAGAUUCGAUCAGAGAAUCCUUUGAUUUUUACGAAACGAUCAUUUCUUUCUUUGAUAGCACGGAUCUUCGAUCCCUUGGGGUGGGUGGCUCCUGCGACCAUAACAGCCAAAAUACUCAUACAAUUACUUUGGCUAAAUAGGGUGGAGUGGGACACACCCCUCACUGGUGAUUUAUUAUCCAAAUGCCAAUUGUUCACUUCUCAAUUAGCGGGCUUAGGUAACGUGUCGAUCCCCCGUUGGACAAAACUAGGGGAUGAACCUCAAGCAGUCGAGCUUCACGGUUUUUCAGAUGCGUCGAACGCUGCUUACGCCGCAGUCGUUUACCUGCGAGUUGAAUCUCUUGUGGGCCAACGACAAGUAUCUCUUAUGUAUGCAAAAACCAAAGUUGCCCCUCUCAAGGUAUUAAGCGUGCCCAGACUAGAACUGUGCGCCGCUGUUCUGCUCACAAGGUCCUUGGAUUUCGUGCAAAAGGCUAUGAAACUGGUGAACGUGCCGACGUUCUGUUGGACCGAUUCAUCAGUCGUUUUAGCAUGGCUAAACGCGACUCCUUCUCGCUGGAAAACCUUCGUAGCCAAUCGAGUCUCAGAGAUUCACUCCACUUUGCCGAACGCUGCUUGGAAACACGUUCCAACGGCAAUGAAUCCCGCCGAUUGUGCCUCUCGCGGCAUGUCCGCUUCUGAUUUAAUUCAGCACAGCCUAUGGUGGCAAGGUCCCACUUGGUUGUGGUGUCCCGCCACUGAAUGGCCUGACAGUAAAAGGCCCCUUGAAUCAAACGUUGAUUUAGAACGGCGUAUUGACAACCACGUACACUUUGCAAUGGACGGUGCUCAGAAAUUAGCAUGGUCGCUUCCGUAUGAAGUAUCGACGUGGUCACGACUAUUACGCAUAACUGCAUAU